AAUUAUAUAUCUUUUCUGACUAUUUUAUUGAUACUUUUAUUCUCAGCAGUAAGAAAGUCGCAAUGGCAUCCAACGUUUUGGGACGUGUUUUUAUUUACGGAGGAAAAGGAGCUCUUGGAUCUGUGUGUGUCAGUCAAUUUAAGGCCAAAAAAUGGUGGGUCGGAAACAUCGACAUGAAAGAAAAUGAGUCAGCAGACGCGAACAUAGUAGUAAACAGCAGCCACACUUGGAAGGAGCAAGAGACAGCAAUAAUUUCCCAGAUGAAAGAAAUCCUCAAGGAUGAAAAAUUAGACGGGAUAAUCUGCGUGGCUGGAGGUUGGGCCGGAGGAAACGCGGCCCACAAAGACUUCCUGGAGAAUAGUGAGCUGAUGUGGAAGCAGAGUGUCUGGAGCUCGACGAUUGCUAGUAGCAUAGCUGUUCACUACUUGAAGGAAGGAGGGUUCCUGUCUUUGACUGGCGCCAAGGCUGCUCUAGAAGGGACUCCUGGGAUGAUCGGAUACGGAAUGGCCAAGGCUGCUGUUCACCAGCUCACCAAGUCCUUGGCUGACGAAAACAGCGGUCUACCUAAGGAGGCCAUGGUCGUCUCUAUUUUGCCGGUCACUUUGGACACUCCGAUGAAUCGAAAGUGGAUGGCCAAGGCUGAUACUACUUCUUGGACACCAUUGGAGUUCGUGUCAGAGUAUGAUGUUCUGGAAGUGGGCAAACAAGAUUGAACGUCCAAAAUCAGGAAGCCUUCUGCAAUUGAUCACCAAGGACGAAAAAACUGAAAUAAUCCCCGCUUAA